AUGGCGAAAAAUCCAGUGAGGACUGUUGAGAAAAAUGGGGCUAGGGCCACGAGGGUCAGCAGCGGGUCGAGGAUUUCUAACGGCGGGAGGGGAAGCACCGCCAGGGCUAAUUCCGCACCCUCAAAUAAGAGUUGCUUCAAUGUUAAAGAUAGUAAUCGACAACAUCGAAUUCCGUGUGAAAAAAUUCCCCAGAACCUUCCGAAAUCCGCGAAGAUAAUAACAAAAUCAGAGUAUGAUUAUUUUCGCACCCGUGCCCUCGACGGUUUGCAAACGAAAGAGGAGAAGGAGGCAGCGCUGCUGGAGGUGGAGAACGAGAGGGCGCGUCUGCUGGCUGAAUCCAUGGCCAGGAAGGAGGAGAUAAGGCGGCUAGACCUGGCGAAGGGCCGGGACAAGCCCCUGAAGCUGGACGACCUCGAGGCCGAGGCGAGACGAAAAACAAUGCAUUUGCUGGAACGAGCCUACGACUUGAAACUGGAGCAGGAAGAGGAGAUCCAGAUGUGCAACAGGCUAAUCCUCGAGACCAAGUGCCGAGCGAUCCGGGACCUCCAGGUGUCGGAGAAGAAGAUAAUCGAGAGGGAGUUGAACGAGGAGGAGAAGCGGCUCAACCAGAUGAUGGAGAAAGAGCGCAAGCAGAAGUUGGAGGAAGAGGCCAGGAGGGACGAGCUGGAGAUGGCCAGGAGGAGAAAAUACGCUCGACUACUUCGCAAUCAGAUUUUGGAGAAUGAGGAGCAGAAGAUCAUCGAGUUCGAGAGGAAGCAGGAGGAGGGAAAGCUCAUAAACCUGAGCAAUAUCGCCUGGCAGGACGAGGAGAUUGCCAAGGCGAGGAGGAAGGAGGAGGAGGCGGCGAGAGUUCGAAAACAACUGAUCAGCGAAAAUGAGAAACUCAUGAGGUACAAGCAGAUGGAGAGGGAGGAACAAAGGAUAUUGGAUCUCAGAAUUCGUGAGUACCAGAAGAAGAAGGCGGAGCGCGAGGCAGCGCAGGCCGAAGAGCAGCGGCUGGCAAAGGCGCGCAAGGACCGAGAGAGAUCUAGAAUGGCAGCGCAGACACAACAAGCUACCGAAUUACAGUCGCAAAUCGACGAGUUGAAUGCAGCGAGGGUUCAGGAGGAGGUGGAGCGCGAGUGGCGACGAAAGGAGAAAGAGGCAGCGCUGAAGAGAUUGGAGACUCGAAAGGCGUUGGCGAUGGCCCGAGAGGACCAGAUCAAGUACAGGAAGAUGCUGCAGGCGAUGGAGAUCGAGAGGGAGAGGAGGGAAUUCCAGAAGAUCCUGCAGUACCAGAAGGAGGCGAUCUGCAGGGAGCAGGGGGAGAGGGAGGAGAGGCGGAAGGAGGCGCUCAAUCAUCGGACAAUUAUCCUUCAGCAGGUCAACGAGAAGGAGAGGGGGAAAAGAGAGAUGAGGAGGAAAAUGGUCGAGGAGGGAAUGGCCAUCCGGGCGGAGAUGGAGAUGAGGAAGAAGAGACUGAGGGAAGCUAUGGAGAAGAAGUGCAAGGAGAUGAGUGCUAAUAACGUCCCGGAGGUGUACAUCAAUGAGGUCAAAGCUAUGAUCGAUAAAGUCAAGUGAAUUGGAAAGUCUUGGUUGCGUGAAAAUUUUAUUUGAUGAGAAAAUUGUACUUUUCAAGGGGCCCUCAG